AACACAAUGUGACACUGACACCUAAUGGCAAGAAGGUGCAUCAUUCCAACAGCCACUAAGCAUUUGUCCCAUGUUACCAUUAACAACCCAACACAAAUGGUGUCUUAGCAACUAACUGCAGAGGAACAUGAAACUAAACCUGAAAGCAAUAUGGUGAUCUAGCUGCUGGCAAUGUGUGUCUGGAAAUACCGUGGCUGCAACAGAUACAGGCAACUCCCAUAAUAAUAAUAACAAUAAUAUUCCAGUCAGCCUAAAAGUAAAGAAACUUGAUUCCUACCUGGCCAUGGCCUCCUACACUAGAACAGCACUCACUCCUUCUCCAGAGGGCCUCACCAGGAAGGAAAAUAUAGAACCAAGUCAAACUAAUGAAGAGAUGAAUACCCCGGGAAGGAACAAGUACAAAAGAGGGGAAAGCCAAGGAACAUUCAGUCAACAGAGCAAAUCCAGAAAAAGCACAGCCAAGCCUGAAGAAGUCAGGAACCUGAUGCCAGCAUAUAUUAAUCCCACACAUCGAAGUUCUGUGUCGGACCAAUUGAUCUCCCGUGAGCAGGUUAGAAGUGCUCUUAAAGAAGACGAGGCAAAGACAGGACAUGAAUACAGGAUCCCCCUGCCAAUCAUUAAACCAUGGGCAACAGAGAACAAUAAGUAUGAGAUCUACUAUGAUCUUGGACACUGCCUACGUGCUAAUAUCUUUCCAGGGGUGCCCAUAAGAUCUUGCAGUUUGGUAGAGGACUCUUAUACUGCAGACAUUAACAGAAGAGGAAUAAUGGAUAGAAACAACAGACAACAUUGGCAUGGGAAGAAGACUGAUGAUUUAGCCACCUGGUCCCAAAUACUAAUGGAAAGAUUUGCCACCUAUAAGAACCUGGAGAACCUUCUCAAAUCAACCCACAAAGCUUCUAUUCAACCUAAAAUAUUCGUAAAACCAUCACCACCUCUGCCAUCACUUAAGACACCAGCACCAUCUCCGCCACGGCAUAAAAAAAGUAAAAAAAGGCUCAUAGACAAGAGUAAAAGAAAACAAAUAAAGUCUCCUGCUCAGGCAGAGUUCAAGAAAGAUGAAGACUUCUGGGACUUUUAUGACACACCCAUUAUGUAAAGUCAGACCUUCAACAUUUGUUCAUUUGCCAUAACUCAUAUAUGGAAGAUUAUAAAAUUAAAUACAAUCAGUAUAAAAAGAAAUGCAGUUAAAGUUACUAUGUUCACUUCAAUAUCUUUGCCUGGUUCAAAUUCUACAUGUAGAGAAUUUGUACAUAGAUGGCCUGGCUCCCAAAGACUGGAAACACAAUAUGCAUGGUAGGGUGCAAAGUGCAAAAAAAACAGGCACAAUCUGCCAUGUUUUUGCACUUUCGCCCAACCCAGCAAAUAUCAAAAUCGCAGUAGAUUUCUGAGUACCAAAAUAGACCACAGAAAACAGUUACUCUGAUGAAAACAAGUAUGGGUGCGCACGGAAAGCAAAUAGGAGUCUCCUCACCUAACCCAUACCCCUCCCGUAAUAUAUGCUUCUGAAUGAGUGCCUUGCAUCUGCCGAUCACAUGCACCUUGCAAUAGAUAUUUUAAUGCACCAUGAGGGCAAAGUGCACCAAUACUUAGCUACCCUUAUUUCUCUUGCAUUUCUUAAAGUAAAUUACUACUAAAAUAUACAUUAUAAAUGGGCAGAAGUAUGUUGCCAGGAUUAGAAGUAAUAAAUCGCAGCUGUUAUGCCUUUUUCACCUUUAGAAAGCCGAUGCUUUGGACUAUUGUGUCUACCUCUAUAAGGAAAGAACAACAUCAAAUUGGCCAGUGUAGUUGUAUUCCCUGAGCUCUUUCAUUGGCACAAUUGUUACAUCUGCAUCUCCAGCUGGAGAACAAAUGCCUUCUUGUGACCCUUCCAUAGAUAUCAUUAAAGGGGUGUAAUUGUUUGUAUUUUUCACACUUUCCAUAUGGUUUGUGCUUAUAUCCAAGAAGUUAGCAGAGACACCAGAAAAGUAAAGAGCAAUUCCUUUGUGUUUAGUUCUUUAUAAUUUCAAAUUUUGUUGAAACUUUGCUAAGAUAAAAUGUUAAUAUACAUUUUGCAAAGAUAUGCAUAGCUGUUUAUAUAUAUACAUACACACACACAGAGAAGAGAAGGGCAUUGCAAUAGUAUCCUUAGCACUGAUAGCAACUAAAAUCCCUGACAGCAGUUGGGUCUAUAUUGUAGGAUGUUACUAAGAAGCAGAUAUGUGAAACAGUUCAAUUAGUCCAUGCAAGGAAUAGCAAGUUGUAUAUGCAAUGUUUUGGGGCACCCCAAUCCCUUUAUACUGUAUACGCUGCAAUCGUAAAAUAAUAUGCUAUUGCACUAAUGUUGUAUUUCUGGCUAUAAUAAAGUCAUGGGAGCUACC